AUGAUGUCCUCGACGGAAAGCAACAACCUGUCCGUCCUGCCACCCAUCCUCACCGAUGGCACGGGCAACCCCAACCCCAAAGAUCGCCUGUCAACCUACUCCAAUCUGUCCCUCGCAUCACAAAAUCGCUCGCGCCCAGGCUCCCACGUCUUCCCAAUCUUCCACACCAGCCUUCCUUACGCCCUCGUCCGGGACUUCGCCUACCCCUCCACCCAUCCGCUACACUAUGGACCCCCUCCGCCACGGGCUUCAGGCGUCUCCACGCCCGCAAGUGAAUCCCGGCGCCUCUCCGAUCCACCUCCCUCAUGGGACACGCGCGGGUCCUGGGCACCCCAACCGAGCUCAGAGCCCAGCCAUGCUAAUGUCCAGCAAUUGCCCGCGAUGUCCUUUGGGGAUGGACCUCCAUAUAGCGAGGAUGAGGACUUGCAUAGCCCGGUAGUCACCUCGCGGCAUCGCAAGAAAUCAUCCGAUCUGAACGGUCUUGUAGACGAAAGAGUCAUGUCCGGGACGGGGAAUGAUCGGGGAAUGCUCGUCGGUAUCAAUGCCGAUGGCAGUGAAACUUACUACGUAAAUGAGGGCGAUACCGCCGAUGACGGCCCCGGCGGGGAAUAUGUUACAUACCCGGCGAAUGAAGGGCGGUACUCUAUCAUGGGAUACAGCGGCCCGGGCGGCCAGGCUUUUGACCAUGACCCGGGCUUCGAGUCGGAGGAUGAGAUCCCCGGUGUGAACCGCUACUCUAGGGACUACCAGUUCGCCGUGGGCUGUCCGGAUGAAGAGAUGCAUGGAAAAGCAGUUGCUCUCUUCGAUUUUACACGGGAGCACGAGAAUGAACUCCCUCUCACUGAAGGCCAGGUGAUUUACGUCUCUUACCGACACGGCCAGGGCUGGCUCGUCGCAGAAGACCCCAAAACGGGCGAGAACGGCCUCGUCCCCGAGGAAUUCGUUCGCCUCCUGCGAGACAUCGAAGGAGGCCUCACAUCCCUCAAUGGCGACUCCAACCCGGAUACCACUGGUAUCGCAGAUAUGAGUUCAGACUCUCAUGAGUCCGACCAACUACCCACGCCCACUCAGACGGAGCGCCCCUCGUUCGAUGAAGAAUCGAACAAACCCACAAAUGGCGCCUCCAAUUCCAAGACAACCCCGAAAGCCGAGUCCGAAACCACCAAAACCUGA